AUGGUGAUCUGUAAAUACCAAAACAUUAGUGGCAUAGUUUGCAACAUAAAUACUCCUACACUCUUGAUAUGUUCAAAAGGAACAAUUAGUUCCACAGAUUCCAGGGAGGACGCAGAACAGAUUAACAUUAUCAAGCUCUACCAGAAGGAAACAGCCGAGCAUGUGAUAUAUGAGACGACGAAUAACACGUCAGGAACAAAUUGCCAUAAAGAGAGACAGGAGGUGCAUAACCACGAAUUGUGUGUAAUUACAGAUGAAGAAGUAGACAUGGAAAUGUCCAUACCGCUCUUCAUGAUGCUUCUGCAUGAAUGCAAAGAGCAAUAG